GGGAGGAUGAGGCGGCCCCGGCUGCGGCAGUACCCGGCGCUGCCCGUGUGGGUGGUGGAAGAUCACCAGCACGGAGCGAAACGAGGGAGAAGGACAGACGUGGGAUGAUAGUGACGGCGAUGAUGGCGACGAUUGCGGUAUUUGUUCAGUACUUGGUCCUGCCGUAUAUAUACCGGGCCAUCGGCUCCAAGCACCUCCCGGCCGGCAACAUCAGCUUCGUGCACUUCGAUUCCCAUCCGGAUCUCCUCAUUCCUGUCGACAUGCCGGCAGAUACUGUGUUUGACAAGGAAGCUCUCUUCGGAGAGCUCAGCAUCGAGAACUGGAUCAUGCCCGUCGUCUACGCGGGUCACUUUUCUCAAGUCAUCUGGCUCCAUCCAACCUGGGCUCAGCAGAUCAGAGAAGGAAAACACCACUUCUUAGUGGGGAAAGACACUUCGACGACGACCCUCAGGGUGACGAGUACGGAUCACUACUUCCUGAGUGACGGGCUCUACGUGCCCGACGACCAACUGGAGAACCCAAAGUCUCUCCGCCUGGACGUGAUGGUGGUCGGGGCUUCCUCGGGGGGGGCCGGGGCUCCGGAGGAAAGGGACGGCGGGGCGGCGCCCAAGAGACUGAAGCUGGACCCGGGUCCCGCUGCCGAUCGCACCCCCCCUUCCCGUUCCGGAGACUGCACCACUGCAGACCGUGCUUCCUCCUCCUCUGGCACCAGGGACUGCACCACUGCAGACUGCACCCCCUCCUCCCCCGGCACGGCCAACGGAGCCUUCUCUGAGGCUGGGAGCUGCACCACUGCAGGCCUCACCUCCGGCACUGGCACCUAUGCAGACGGUGCCUCCUCUGAGAACUGCGCCGCUGUGGAGCGCCCCGCCGCAGCCUGCACCUCCUCCGGGGCCGGGGACCCGCCUCACGGCAGCCCAAAGGCAGGAGCGAGCGGGGAGGCCGCCCAGGGUGGGGGAGCUGCCGAGGAGGCCUCGGGGUCCCGCCACUGUCCUGGAAGGCCCGGGCGCGGGGCUGCAGACGUCGGCCAGGAGGUAGCGCGCAUCCUCCAGGAGGGGGAUGCGUUCGUUUUAGAUGUGGACUUAGAUUUUUUCUCAGUGAAGAAUCCCUUCAAGGAAAUGUACACACAGGAAGAAUACAGGCUCUUACAAGAGCUGUACAACUUUAAGAAGCCGGAGGUGGGUGCGACAGAGGAGGACUUGGUAGAUUGCGUGGAAAAUCGGAUCCGGCAACUGGAAGAUUUGGAAGCUGCGUUUGCCGAUCUGUGCGAAGGUGAUGACGAAGAGACCGUGCGGAUGUGGGCGAAGAACCCCGGCAUGCAAUCGCUAGUUCCACUUGUAAAGAGUUUGAAGAGCAGGAUGAGCCUCCCCGACUACGAAAUGGUCCAUCAAGCUGGACUGACGUGUGAUUACUCUGAGCUUCCUCACCACAUCAGCACCGAAGAGGAGAUUGAGGGUCUGGUCCAGUCCGUCUGGCAGUUACUGAAACAGUUACCCAAACCGACCAUAGUGACUAUCGCUCGGUCGAGUUUAGAUGACUACUGCCCUCCUGAGCAAGUGGACACCAUCCAGGACAAAGUCCUUAACGCGCUGCGCUCCCUAUACGGGGCCGUAGAGGUGCAUCUGGAAUAUUCAACCAACCCCUCUCCUGAUUCAGACCCGGACACUCGAUCUCCCCAGGCCACGGCCACACCUGUGGUCUGACGACCCAUGGGUCCCCCCUCCCCCCACCCCCAGCCCCAAAGCUCCCAGGGCGUGGGGGGCGGGGAAUGUGUUGCUGAAGCCCGAGGGCUCAGUUUCUCUACACUCACCAGCUCUGGCAGGAUUCCCCUCUCCUUGCAGUCAGUAUACACGGUGCCUAAACACACUUCCACUCUGAGGUCCUUAGGGGGGUUGACCGGUGCCCUGCUGGAUUCUUGGUUGUGCCACUCUCCUGGCAGAGCGGGGAGGAAGCCGGAGGAGGCAGCCCAUCGUACUCUGCGCUGGCUAGACCCUCGCUGGACCAGCAGGCCCCCGCCACCCCCAGCAGUGACGGCCGUCGCGCACGGCAUCCCGGAGCCCAUUUCCCAUUAGCGGAGGGCUGUGCUCGGGGCCGUGGUGAAAUAGGAAGCCGGGACGGUGUUGGACUCUGCCCCGAUUGUUCUCCACACCGCUCUCAGUGCCUGCGCCAGUGCUCUGCCCAUGGCAGGCGCUCACUAAAUACCAUUAUUGGUAUUGGUUUCCAACCCAUUUGCUUGUAUCCA